GUACAAUAUUUACGAAUUUAGAUACGUUAUCUAUACGGACGUCCCUAAAACUUGACGAAGCGAAGAAGUUUGACAUCGAUAGGACUUAACCGAGUGUGGUAAUUAUAAUAUUUUCGAUAUUUUGAAGAAAUGUACGAACUUUAAGAAGAAUCUCAGUUUUAGACAAAUAACAUUAGAUGUGAUCUCUUUGGAUAAAUCUCCUUCAUCUCUACUUCAAUGAUUUUAACCGAAAACCAAUCCCACGAAACAGCUAAACAGAUACAAUUUUUUUUUCAUCAACCCAUGCUGAGUUGUCGACCAAAUGCUAAGGCAUGUCAAAUCAUCAUUGAAUUUUGGUAAUGCAGUUUAGGUUUCAUAGAAGUAAUAUUCACGUAAAAUUUACUUCUUUUAAUUGUUAAGGCAAUGUUAGAAGGUUUCGUCGUCCUGUGAUGUAGGCUAAUUUUGAGAAAUGAAUAUUUUAUACUGAAGUUCAGUUUCAAAUUAAUUAAUUAAUUUUUCAUUGAAGCUUACUACAAUGACUUAUUGCUAAUUUUAUUUCAUUACAGAAUUGAGCUCGUGUUACAAUAUUACAAUUUGAAGAAUUCGUGACGACAAAUGCUGAUUCAUGAAAAAGCGGGGCACGUUGUCUAUUUAUUCCCGCCAUACAGGAGAUUUAUCAACACGGACAGGCCGUUCUACCUGAAAAGAAAAGGAAAAGAAGAACAAUAUAGCAGAUUUCGCUAUGGCGAACCAAUUGCACUGCUUCAUUUUGGUCAUCACGGUGUUGUUGGGUUUCUCCAGCUGUAGCAGUGUAUCGUCUGCCAAAACAGUUAAUAAUACUGUAACUAUUCUGGAUAUCAACGAUAAUCCACCGAUAUUCGAUAAAGACAUCUAUGAAGUCACCGUGACGAAAGAUAUGAAGCAGAACCAGUCCGUGAUUACAAUUACCGCCACAGAAAUCGAUGAAGGUGAUAACAACGUCAUUCAUUAUGACAUUGUACAGGAAGGCGACGAUAGCAGCUACUUCGAGAUUGAUAAGAAAAAUGGGUUGCUCAUGUUAACUAAGUCUAUCGACCGCGACCUAGGACAAUUUUACGCGUUCCAUGUCCGGACGUAUAACGAAAGCUUAGAGGAAAACAACAAGCGACAAACAGUAGUUAAAGUAAUAGUUCACGUGGUUGACUCUACAAAUAGUGCGCCGUACUUCAUCAAGAUGCCAUUGGCACCCGUGAUAUUGAAUGAAACGUUUCAGGAUUUCAACAAGAUUCUGGCGGAAUUUGAAGCAGUUUCCAACGUUAAUGAGGAAAAUAUAGUAAUAUAUCGGAUAUCUUAUGGAAAUUAUAAGCAGGCAUUUCUAUUGGAGCAAAUCAACAAUACGGCUUACAUCAAACUUGGUAGAAGACUUGAUUAUGAAAUGGCAGCACAAUAUAUGCUCACAGUACGAGCGACGAACUCUCUUGGACUAAAUGCAGAGACAUUUUUAAGGAUCACGAUCAUGGAUGAAAACGACAACACCCCUGAGUUUAUAGGAGAAACAAAAGGAACAGUUCUAGAACAUCAGCUGCCUGGAACAUUUGUAAUGCAAGUGCAUGCUCGGGAUCGUGAUGGCACGGCGCCCAACAACGUUGUAUCCUAUCGACUAAGGAGUAGCGAUGAACAGUUUUUCCAAAUCGAUAGUGAAAAAGGCAUUAUCACGACGCGGGAGGAAUUCGAUCGUCAGACAAAUGAUGCUUACAUAGUGACAGUGAUUGCUGAGGAUAGCUCACCGUCUGCGUUAUUUAACAAUGGGGAACCCAAUACUAAGACACAACGGUUAUUGAUUCGAAUUGUGCCAAACGAAAGAAGGAACGACUACAAACCGCAGUUUAAGCGAAAAAUAUAUGCCGUGGACUAUCUACCAGAAAACGCCACCAUCAACACGAGAGUGGUUAAAGUCACGGCCUAUAGCCAACAACUAAAUUCGCAUCUAAAGUACAGCAUUGUCAAGAAUAACGUGGCAAACGUGUUUAAAAUCGACGAGAAUACAGGAUUGAUUUCGGUAAACAAUCACUUGUUAGACUACGAAACAAUUCCGGAAUAUAAAUUAAUCGUCAAGGCGGAUGACGGCCUCUUCUAUAAUACUGUGAGCGUAUGGAUCAGGAUUGGAAACGUAAAAGAUAACACAGAAGAAGUUGAGAAUCUUCCUCCGGCUGCAAUGGAUGACGAAGACCAAAAUAAAUCACCAUUUCUUCGGUUUGACCACGAGGACCAAAAAGAGUAUGAAGUUCCCAUCAAGAACAUCGAUUCAGCAGUGAUUGAUGACGAGAAUGAUAACAAGAUGAAACAAGCUGAGAGCCAUAUAGUUGUCAACAAAUACAAAGGAAUGUUAUCUGAUAUGAAUAUAGGCCGUGUAUAUAUCAUCGAUUCAGAUGAUUGGGAUUUGUCUGACAAAACAUUUCUUUGGGACAAGGCGACAAGUGCAGAAACUUUGAAGUUUUUCAAACUGAACAAUAACACCGGUAUGAUAACAAUGUUGAAAGAUAUAUCGUGCGGUCAGUAUAAUCUUCGGUUCCACGUGACUGAAAAAUCGGACCACUUUUCUCCACACCAUGUAUCAGCUAGAGCAACAGUGUUGGUGAAGGAGAUCUCCAAAAAAUCCGUAGCCCAGAGCGGAUCAAUCCGAUUUUACAAUGUUACGGCAGAUGAUUUCGUAUCUCAAACACCGGGUCAUCUCAGGACACCUCUUAAUCGACUUCAGAACAGCAUUGCAACCAUUCUAAAAGCCAGCCCAAACGAUGUGGACAUAUUCACGAUCAACAAUCGAAAGCUCGCCCAAGGUACUUUCCUGGACGUGUUCUUUGCCGUCAGCGGUAGUGUUUACUCAACCUCCGAGCUCCUCAAUAGCGUACUAAGCUUUCAUCUCCACCGAUUGGAGGAAGACGUCGGAUUUCCGAUUGAGAUGAUAGGCAUCGACGAAUGCGAGUUGAAAACUGGCACAUGUGAGCAGUCGUGCAGGAAUAAGGUGUAUGGAUCGUCCAAACCAAUCGUCAUCAACGCCAAUGCAAAUUCGUUUAUAGGAAUAACUGCAUUCGUACAGCUGGUAUGCAUUUCGGAUACAUCGCCAUCACAGCUCGCAUGUUUGAAUGGAGGCACGCAUAUUGGUAAUAGGUGCAUAUGUCCAAAUAGUUUCGAUGGUCCACAUUGCGAAAUGAUAGACAUCAGUUUUAAUGGCAACGGAUACGCCCUUUUCUCAACGAUCAUCAGUGACAAUAUUGCAAACAUUAGCGUUGAGAUGUUACCUCAACAGACGGACGGUUUGGUGUUGUACAUUGGACCUAUGAGCUACAAUACGCGUGUUACAACACAACCAUUUGUUGCAUUGGAGAUCGUUGACGGUAGAUUUGUAUUGCUGUUGGACGAUGGAACUGAAGCGAUCCGAAUCGAGAAUCAACAGGUUAUCUCCCAGAACGAUGCAUUGGCAUUGGAUAUUUUGUUUAAGCUUCAGUCUAUUGAGAUGAGUCUAGUCAUAAAUAAGUUGAUGAUUAGUAGGAGUCGAUACGUAUAUAAAGAUUUCAAAGGAGUUCUAAUUACUAAUGGGCAUGUACAGUUAGGAAAGACAGCAAUCGAUUUGAAUAAGCUUGGGUCACUGUACAACUGGACGUACAUGCCACAAACAAGAGGUUACAGUGGUUGUUUGCGUAAUCUCACAAUAAAUGGGCACACGAUAGACUUUCAACAGACGAUUUUGACAAAGAACAUGGAUCUUAGUUGUCCAUGGGCCAUUGCCAGUGAAGCAAACUUAUGGAACAUUCUUAUGGUUGUUACUGCAGCAACAAUUCUUUUGACUGGUAUUUCAAUUGUAUGUUUUUCGUUACGGUCCAAGCUGAAAGUUUUAACUGGAAAUUACGAACCUUUAAUCUGCACGAAGAAACUACGCAAAGUUUCGUUGCCGAAACCGUGCACUGGCAUGCACGAAUCAAAUUUGAUUCCAAUUUCAAAUAGAUUGGGCUAGAAGCUAUUAAGAUGCAAUUCCUGUACUAUCUGAAACCCUGCUUUCUCCGCUAUGUUGUCAGUCUUAACAACGUACGUUUUGACGACAUAGGAUGCCAUCUUUGUUUUUAGUCUUAAUCUAACUUCCUUUGAAUAAACACGUUUUUGGUUGCAUUCUCAA